UGGUUAUUUUAGCGCCGGUCAUUUGGUACAAACAACCGAGUAUUGAAAUCACGCGUUGUCUUUUUCAACGACGACCGCGAUGGUCGCGCAAACUCGACAUACUGGUCAGCCAUCGCCGAAGAAACUGGCGUUUCGCGAAAAGCUGAUCACCAAAGGCCAAUCUAAUGACACACUUCUCAAAAAGCUCAAGACUUUACAUUCGGAAUUGGCGGAGAUGGACCAAGAACUUGUAGACGUGAAUUCAAUGUCUAGCGUUCGUAAAGAGCUCGUCAGUAGCUCUAUCAUGCUCCACAAGGAUCGUGGCGUGAAGGCAUAUGCGGCGUGCUGCAUGGCCGAUAUUCUCAGAUUGUACGCGCCAGACGCACCUUACACACAGGCCGAGCUCCGGGAUAUCUUCCAGUUCUUUUUCAAACAACUCAGUAACAACCUCAAGGGUCCAGAUGUCACGUACUAUACCCAGUAUUUCCAUCUCCUCGAGUCUCUUUCAACCGUGAAGAGCGUUGUCCUUGUGUGCGAUCUUCCGAACGCAGAUGAGCUCGUUCUCGGCAUAUUUCGCGACCUGUUUGCCAUGAUACGACGUGAUUUGCCGAAACAAAUCGAGACCUUCAUGGCUGAAAUCCUGGUGGCGAUUGUUGAUGAGUCAUCGUCUUUGUCUGGAGAUGUGCUGGAGAUCAUAAUGGCUCAGUUCAUGGAUAAAAGUGCACGCGUUGAACAACCAGCGUAUCGACUUGCGGUGAGCGUGUGCAAUCAGACAGCAGACAAACUCCAGCGGAACGUCGCUCUUUACUUCACAGACAUUAUAGUAUCCAAUUCUGAGGAGGAGGAUUUUGAGCAGAUCCGUAUCGCGCAUGACCUCAUUAAGCGUCUUCACGCGUCGUGUCCAAAUCUUCUUCCGUCCGUCAUUCCUCAACUAGAAGAGGAACUCCACGCGGACGCUUCGACCUUGCGUGCCAUUGCCACUCAGGUUCUCGGAGAAAUGUUCUCCGACAAAAGUGGGGGCGAUCUGGCCAGGAACCAUCCUUCAACUUGGAAUGCAUGGUUAGGCCGUAAAGUAGACAAAUCGCCUGCUGUCCGAUUGAGGUUCGUGGAAUCUUCGAACGGACUUUACUCUGCGCCUCCGGAAAUGGCAGAAGCCAUUGAAUCGGCUUUGAACGGGAAACUAUUGGAUCCUGACGAAAAGAUACGCGCAGCAGUUUGCAAAAUCUACUCACAGCUCGACUACGAGACAGCAGUACAUCAUGUCUCUGAGCUUCAGCUCAAGGCUAUUGCUGGCCGAGUAGCAGAUAAAAAGCUUACCGUCCGCUUUGAGGCUGCCAACAGUCUGGCUAAGCUUUAUGGCCUUGCUUAUCCAGAGAUAGAGAACAACAAUGUAACAGCCAUCUCAAAGUUCUCUUGGAUACCCAACGAACUUCUUCACAUGACGACUAUCGUCGUUGAUUGCAGAACGGUGGUGGAACAAGUGCUAUCCGAAUAUAUCUUACCACUACCUUCGUUUACCCCCAGUUCACUGAAUAGCAAGACUGCGGAGGUCGACGAAACAGCCUGGACAGACCAUCUACUCAAUGUCAUGCGCUAUCUCACCGACCAAUCUAUAAAUGCUCUGGUCCUCCUGUCAAAUUUGAAGCCGAAUCGUCCCAGUGCUAUAGACAUCUUUGUCGACGCUUGCGUUCAAUACAACGGUGGUGUUAUUGACGAAAACGAGGAAAGGGUGACGCAAAAACUCGGGCGAAUAAUCGAGGUCAUCUCAGUAUAUUUCCCGGACCCUGCGAAGAUGAGAGAGGACCUGAAGGCGUUUGCGAAAGUGAACGAACCACGUCUUUACAAACUCAUGAAAACUUGUCUGGACGUUGAAACAGACCUUAAGGGCCUGGUAAAAGCGCAGCACGAUUUUAUCCGGCGAUUAGAACAGUCUUCUUCAACCCUCACAACUUCAUUGACCGCCCUUCUUCGCCGAGGCUCUCUUCACAUCGCAAACACCUCAUCUAUACCUACUCUCCUGCUACGACUACAAAGAUCCCAAGGCACCACUAUUACCAAGACAAAUCUAGCUGCAAACAAUGCCCAAGUGUUAUUCACAAAUAUAGCCAAAUUCUGCCCGGCGUUGUUCAAACCUCAUGUGGACGAGUUAAUUACUGCGAUCGAGGACGGGAAGAACGACAAGACUGUUGCUGUUGGGUUACAGGCUUUGGCAAGUUUGGUCAAGCUGGAUUCGCUAUUGAUGCCCUUAGAGAGCUCAACCGUAGAGGUCAUUAAAAGUCACGUGUUGAGCUCGAAUCAUAGACACGCAAAGUUUGCGGCACGAAUAUUUGCCUUCUGCGAAGAGAAGAACACUAUAUGUGGUGGCGUCGUCGAAAGCAUCGCCGAUUCAUUAUACAAAGCACCCGCAGACCAGCUAGUAGCACAUUUAGUAUCGUUAGCGCAAUUCGCUCGCUUCAUCCCAGAUGCCUUCGAACAGAAAAGCGACGUUAUAACUGCGUUUCUGCUUAAAAAACUCCUUAUGGUUCCGAGUUUACCUCCGGAUGAUCUAGAGGAUGAUGGUGAAGAGUGGGUGGAAGAUGACGAGGUUUCCAACAAUCUGAAAGCAAAGAUAGCCGCUCUGAAGAUCUUACGGUAUCGGACGAUGUCCCACGCCAACUCAAAAAAUGCUGUAGACAUCUCGACGCCUGUAUUGAAGAUGCUCGCAACGAUAUUAGAUCGUGGAGGUUCACUGGCUGGUAAUGAUGCAGUGGAAGAAGAUCGGAAAGCCUUAUCUAGAAUUAGGUUACAGGCUGCAAUAUCUCUGCUGUAUCUUUCCUCGGUCCCUGCAUACGCUGAUGCAUUGACUCCAAAAUUUAUAAGGCUAGCAUUGACUAUUCAGGACACUUGCUUUAACGUGCGGAUGUCAUUCUUACAAAAACUCGUGCCAUUAUUAUGGCACCGUAAACUUCCUGCGAAAUAUCAUCUCAUCCUUUUCCUCACUGCUCACGAUCCAGAAGAAGAUAUAAAGCAGAAGGCUGCCGCGGCUGCCAGUGGCCUUUUCAGGAAAUUGCCCUCAGAUUUGAGGACAGAAAACCUCGAAUUCGUUUUCAUUCGUCUGCUUCACCUGCUAGCCCACCAUCCGGACUUCGCUACUUCGCAGAGCGAACUCCAAGAUAUUGCCAAAUAUGUCCAGUUCUACCUGGAGUUGAUCGGAUCUGAAGAAACGAUACCCCUCCUCUAUCAUCUAGCAAGCAAAGGAAAGACGGUGCGAGAUCCCGAAUCUCAAGCCUAUAGCGAGAACUUAUACGCUAUGUGUGAGAUAGCGCAAGAACUCAUCAAGUUUCGCGCUCAACACAACAACUGGACCAUCCCUACGUUCCCUGGAAAAAUAAAACUUCCUCACGAUAUCCUCCGACCCCAACCAAAUGCGGAGAUUGCGAAUAAGAUCGCAAAACAAACUUUUUUACCACCAGAUGCUUCGUCAUGGCUAGCGGAAAUCGUCGUGGCCGCUCCCAGAGAAAAGAAAGAGCGGAAGAUACCAGCCAAACGUAAAGCGGCGACAACAAAUGGACAUUCAAAACGUUCUCGUAAGAGAAGAAAACAAACGGAUUCAAGUGAUGAGGAAUCGUUCGAUGUUCAUACGGAUGCGACGGACAUAGAAAUGUCCGAUGGACCGCCUGUACACCCACCCGACGUUGACGAGGCAGAGGAAUCAUCGGGAGAAGAGCAAUUGGGUCGAGGAGCUCGAAGCAAAGCCAAGGCUAAGGCAAAAAGGAAGUCAAGGACAUCAAAGAAGGCUGGGACUCCCAGUUCCGAUGGUUAAGAAUAUACUGAUAAUGACAACCCUAUGAUUUUUACUUUGUUCUUUGUUGGCUCUCGUUGUUUACGCUUUCCGUUAAUUGUGCUUAAUUUUUACUGUAUCUAGGGCGUACUGUAUUUCAUGUUGUAUUACCACCUAUAUACCAUCAACGUGAGCAGAAGAGUGGGGUUAAUCCUGGAUCUGCACUUUGAUAGCGCCUUGCGCAGGAUCGGCGGCAACGUGGAAUGCUGCGACUGCUUCUUCUAAAGCGAAGCGAUGAGUGACUAGAGGCUUGACGUUAAUCAGGCCACCUGCAAUCAAACGGAUUGCUUUCGGGUA